AUGGCCGUGGCCUCUGACUCAUCUGGCAGUUUAACUGACUCCAGUCUCCUCCUAAACACAGCAAAAACGCUUCAUGAGGUUGCGAAACUCCUCAGAAGCGAUGGAGUCUCCCGAGAGUCAAAGAAAUUCUACACCAAUUUCAUGGCGCAUUGUGUUUUGAUUCGACAUCAUGUUAAUCGAGUCAAAUCCUCGAUUCCAGAAGACUACCGGCUUCUCGUAGGUAUCCUGAAUCGAUUCGAAGCGAUUGUUACAUCCUCUAUUCUUGAUACGCGACCUUUGUCCCCUGCAAAUAUUUAUCCUCGAUUGCGAGCGUUGAACCAAGCAUGGAAUAAGGUGCGAUACGAUAGCGAUGAUAACAAAAGGCUAUUUAUACAAAAAUCUGUCGACUUUGUAUGCGACACAGAUCAGCCUGAUAAGCUGAAUGAAUUCUUGGAGGGUUGGGAGGAUGAGAUUACAGAACAAUAUCCAGAUGAUCCUUCCCUAUGGGCUGAUGACCAUGUACCGCAAAGGAAGAGCAGAGGGCAACCCUCCUACGCUGUUUGGAAUGCCUCCCAAUCCUUAUUUCGAGCUCUGUUGGAAUCAAAGGAAUGUGAAUGUGAUCCGAUGCAUGAAGUCGGCGUGAGGCUUUUCCUGAGCACGUUCCGGAAACUACCUAGCAAUGAGAGGGAUCCUGCUGAUUCUGACUACGACUUUGAAAUUUUUCUUUCCGUACAAAAAGAAUGGCACGAGGCAAAUGUCCAUGUUGCAAAAACCGGUACAGCGAUUAGGUUCACCAAGGAGGACCCUAGCAAGAAGAAGCUUCCUGCAAUGAAAGUGAAAAAUUUAUGCGAACCUAUCAAGAAGAGAAAACAAUUUGAUCGUAUCAAAUUGAGAGUCGAUGAUGAUGGGAUAUUAUGGAAGUUGCGUUCUGAAAAAUGCUGUUUUGCUAUUGAUGAAAGCAAACCGCCCGUAUCGCUACAGCAGUUUAUCCAGGAUCAAUACCGAUCUCUCACGGACAAGACCAAGCGUAUUCUUGCAGUUGUGCUAGGAUAUACCGUUCUGUACCUUCAUGAGACUCCCUGGCUGCCGUCGACUUGGGGGCCAUCGAGCAUAUUAUUCUUUCACACGACAUCAUCGUCUAUUCCAUUGAAACCAUUCAUUCAAACCAAGCUUGCCCACGAUCAUACCAAAACCUCAGAAGCCGAAGACAUAGACCCGGACGAUUUUGAUCCAGAUGAUUUGGAUCCAGACGACAUCAUGAUGCACCAGUGCCCUCAUCUAGUCACUUUAGGGAUCGUGUUGAUGGAAUUGUAUUUAGCAACAACAUUCGAAGAGCUCGCAGAAAAAUACAACAUCCCUCUGAACGAGCGCACAAGGUCUAUUGAUGCCGAGCUGGUGUUUUCAAAAUGCAAGAGCGAGAUACCAGAAAACUCACAAUUUCACUGCGCAGUUGAGAAGUGUCUAGACCCAAAAGUCUGGGAAGAUGAGAAUGGGGCGAGAUUGGAUGAUCAGACGUUGAAAAUUACGAUAUAUCAAGAGGUCAUACGACCAUUGGAAGAUGAGCUGAAUCAUGCGUUCAGUUAUAUCCCCAUCGAAGAUCUAGACCGUAUUGCACAGAGUCUAGAUCUUGGAAGCUGGGGUCAAAUUGCCCAGCAAGUCAAUGCCCGGCCAGUAGUUGCUGCACCCAAAUCGCCGAACGAGUCGAUUUACAGCGUAAAACAACAGCAACAAUUAUUUCUUCCAGGGCAGUGGCACGUAGGCACACCACUAGUUGUGCCGAUAUUUCAGCAGUCAGUCCCUAACCAGAUUACCCUAUAUCACGAAGAGAAGUCGGGUCAAUUAGAUUACAAGAGAAUGCGAUUUUUUGAUGAUGAGACUGUUUCCGAGGAGCAUUCAGCCGAAGCACGCACCAACUACAGCAACUGGCGCCAUCGCUUCAAAGAAGUGUAUGAACAAUAUACAAUCGAACCACCGGAAAUCCCAGUCAAAAUCGCCAUCCUCGAUACGGGUAUUGAUCAAACACAUCCAGACAUUGAUGCCUGCACUGAGCAAAUCAAGGGACAGUAUAACUGGACCAAUGAGAAAUUCCCCAAACAUGUCGAUGAUCACAACGGACACGGUACUUUUACCGCGGGGUUAUUGUUGGAGUAUCUGCCCGAUGCAGAGUUGUAUAUAGCCAAGAUAUCGGAUGGGAAUCCAUGCAGUCCUGAAAAUAUUGCAAAGGCAAUUGACUACGCCAUCGACGAAUGGAACGUCGACAUAAUAUCCAUGUCCUUCGGCUUCCCAACCCGCGAAAUCAAGGACUACGACAAACUCGAGGGCGCCAUUCACAAAGCAUAUUCCAACCAUACCCUUCUAUUUGCCGCAGCUUCAAACAGCGGCGCAAACCUCGACCGGGCCUAUCCAGCCCGCGACGAGAAUGUCAUUUGUAUCCAUUCUACUGACGCAAACGGGAAUCGAUCCAAAUUCAGUCCGACGGCGUUGGCUGAUGCACUCAACCUGGCCACAGUCGGAGAAGCAGUCGAAUCUUCAUGGCCCCUGAGACUGUGCGAGGGUAAUAACUCACUCGGCACAAAAUAUAAAUCGGGUACAUCAUUCGCGACACCGAUAGCAGUCUCCAUCGCAGCUUUUCUGCUGCAGUACGUCAGGACAUAUGUCCCCGACUACGCUCACAUGCUGAAACGGCAAUCGCGCAUGAAAGCAGUCCUGAACAAAAUCUCUGGGAAGACGCAAGAAUCAAGAUCGAGGGAUGAUUAUCAUUAUGUGGCAAUCAGUCGGUAUUCGGAUAACUUGUUUGGAAAGGAGCGGGAGUUUAUAAAUUAUACCCUUCGUGAUUUAUUGAGUCAGUAG